AAACAAAUAAAUACAAUGUCUAUCAGAAAUACUUCUAUUCGCAUGGCUAGAUUAGCCUCCGGUGCUACCAAGCAAGUUGCUUCCAAGAGAACUCUCUCUGCUCUUGCUGCCGCUUCCCGUCCUUUGGUUGCUAAGCAAUCUAUGGCCCCAAUGGCUGUUAGAGGUGUUAAGACCAUCAACUUUGGUGGUAUGGAAGAAGUUGUCCACGAACGUUCCGACUGGCCAAGAGAAAAGCUUCUUGAAUACUUCAAGAACGACACUCUUGCCCUUAUUGGUUACGGUGCUCAAGGUUACGGUCAAGGUUUGAACCUUAGAGACAACGGUUUGCCAGUUAUUAUUGGUGUUAGAAAGGACGGUGUCUCUUGGAAGGCUGCCAUUGAAGAUGGUUGGGUUCCAGGUGAAAACUUGUUCGAUGUCCACGAAGCCAUCAAGAAGGGUACUUACGUCAUGAACUUGCUUUCUGAUGCUGCUCAAUCUGAAACCUGGCCUGAAAUCAAGCCUUUGAUCACUGAAGGUAAGACUCUUUACUUCUCCCACGGUUUCUCUCCAGUUUUCAAGGACUUGACUCACGUUGAAACUCCAGAAAACGUUGAUGUUAUCCUUGCCGCUCCAAAGGGUUCCGGUAGAACCGUUAGAUCCCUUUUCAAGGAAGGUAGAGGUAUUAACUCUUCUUACGCCGUCUGGAACGAUGUCACUGGUAAGGCUGAAGAAAAGGCUAUUGCCUUGGCCAUUGCCGUUGGUUCUGGUUACGUUUACCAAACCACUUUUGAAAGAGAAGUCAACUCUGACUUGUACGGUGAAAGAGGUUGUCUUAUGGGUGGUAUCCACGGUAUGUUCCUCGCUCAAUACGAAGUUUUGAGAGAAAACGGCCACACCCCAUCUGAAGCUUUCAACGAAACUGUUGAAGAAGCUACCCAAUCUUUGUACCCAUUGGUUGGUAAGUACGGUAUGGACUACAUGUACGAUGCUUGUUCCACCACCGCCAAGAGAGGUGCUUUGGACUGGUACCCAAGAUUCAAGGAUGCCUUGAAGCCAGUCUUCUCUGACUUGUACGAAUCUGUUAAGAACGGUUCUGAAACCAAGAGAUCUUUGGAAUUCAACUCUCAACCAGACUACCGUGACAAGUUCGAAGAAGAAUUGAAGGUUAUCAGAGAAAUGGAAAUCUGGAAGGUUGGUAAGGAAGUCAGAAAGUUGCGUCCAGAAAACCAAUAGAUGUAUCUUUCUCAUCUACCUCCACCCCCCCCUCUUUUUAAUACCUUCAAUAAUGCAACUAAUGGUCUAGAAUGACUUUGUUUUUGUUCGGUAUUUCAAUUCUUAAUGACUUUUUUUAACCAUUUUUAUACUUUGGGUUUACAUUGGUAUACAAAAUUUACAUAGCUAGCAUAGAACAAUCAGUUUGUUGAAUAAACAUGUUCUCUAAUUUUAU